UAAGGCCACUAAGCCGCGCCAUGCCGCCCUGAGCGCUCGUCCAGUGUCCUCGGACGCUGGUCAAAACAGUCCGUCACAUUAGGCCGUUUAAAAAAUCGGUGAAUCACUUUAAUACAGCUUGAAAUUAAAAAUAAAUAUGACGGGCUUGGAACUCAUCGUCUCCUCCAUUUGCAAUGCCACUUUUUGCGAAGUGGUUUAUGAUAAUCCUAUUACAGAUACUCUACUGCCCGCACAAAAAAAGGAACUCCUAAAAAUAGCUGAAGACCUUAACGGCAAACAUUUGAAAAUAGGCACUUACGAUAAUUAUCCUUUAAGCUGGGUACACACUGAAGACAACGGAAAGCUGACUGGGCGUGGCGUUGCUUUCGUCGUUUUGGACAUAUUGCGCGAACGGUUCAACUUCACCUUUGAUGUAGUCACACCGCUCAAAAACUUUGAAAUUGGCAUUGAAGGCAGAAUGGAGGACUCAUUAAUUGGAUUGGUCAAUAGUAGUCAAGUGGACAUGGCUGCAGCUUUCCUCCCGAUAGUGUACAAAUACCAGCAGUUCGUGGAUUUCUCUUCUAUUCUCGACAAGGGCGUGUGGAUGAUGAUGCUCCAGCGGCCUAAGGAGUCCGCCGCGGGCUCCGGACUUCUGGCCCCCUUCGAAAUUCAAGUGUGGUAUCUGAUCUUAGCGGCAGUACUCUCUUACGGCCCGUGCAUCACUCUUCUCACGUACUUGCGGUCUAAGCUCGUGAGAGACGGAGAGAAAAACAUCUCGCUGACGCCCAGCUUUUGGUUCGUUUACGGAGCCUUGCUGAAGCAGGGAACUACAUUAGCACCAGAAGCAAAUACCACUCGGAUCCUCUUCACGACAUGGUGGCUGUUCAUCAUCCUGUUGUCCGCGUUCUACACUGCCAACCUGACUGCUUUCCUCACGCUCUCCAAGUUCACCCUGGAUGUCGAAUACCCUGAGGACCUGUACAAGAAAAACUACCGCUGGGUCGCGCCAGAGGGCAGCACAGUUCAAUACGUUGUCAAUGACGCUGACGAAAACUUACACUUCCUAAGCAAAAUGGUAGCUAAUGGGCGCGCCGAGUUUCGUUCAGUGAACGCCGAUCGUCAGUACUUACCCUACGUGAUGGGAGGCGCGGUGCUUGUAAAGGAACAGACAGCUAUACACCAUCUCAUGUUUGAAGACUACUUAAAAAAGACCAAGGCCAAGGUACCGGAAACGAAGAGAUGUACGUAUGUUGUCGCCCCAAAUCCCUUUAUGGAGAAAUUACGGAGUUUCGCUUUUCCGAAAAACAGCAAAUUAAAGUUAUUAUUUGAUCCAGUCCUCACGUAUCUUCUACAGUCGGGUAUAGUAACGUUUUUGGAAUUCCGAGACCUGCCCAGCACCAAGAUAUGUCCGCUGGAUCUGCAGUCCAAGGACCGCAAGCUGAGGAACAGCGAUCUAUCGAUGACGUACAUGCUAAUGGGGGUCGGCUUGGCGACCGCUAUCGCUGUCUUUGGUGGAGAGAUGAUAAUCAGAUAUUACGUUCGUAUCAAAAUCAGAAAAAAUCGGGGUGAAAGAACCAGAACAAAAACCGUAAAGACUUCGAAACAUAGACGCUUCAGGAUCCAAGACGAUAGCCACCCGCCACCUUACGAUUCGCUAUUUGGCCAGAACUCGCGCUACAAGAUGAACGGCGACUCCACCACCAAGAUUAUAAAUGGGAGAGAGUAUUGGGUGGUCGGUACAGUGAGCGGAGACAUCAGGUUUAUACCGGUUAGGACCCCUUCCGCGUUUUUGUAUCAGCGCGAUAAGUAGGUAAAUGAAAACUGAUUACCUUCAUUUGGCUAAAAGCCUCACUUCGAAUGAAUGCUUAUGAAUAUCUACAUAAAAUUGCAUAAGUAAUAUCUAAAUAAAAAUUAAAAAAAACCUUGGACUACCUAUAUCUUUCAAUCACCUAAGUCAGGGGUCCACAAACCUCUUGAAACCAUCAAAGCAAUUAACAGUUAAAAUUGCCCUGUAAUAUUUUAUUAAGUACUUAUUAUCUGUUGAGGAUUUUGACCAGUCAAAUCCUCUUUCCCAAAACUGAUGACUUCUAUACUCCAUUCCAGAUAACAUUAGACUCUAGAAGAUGGCAAGAUCAGGGAUCUCAACCUUUUCUGUGAAGUUGUGAUAUUAUUUUAAUAUAGUAUAGAGUAUCUUUGUGCUCAUUACAAUAAUAUCUUAUUCCCUAAAGUUGAUCCAAUAAAGGACAUAUGAAGUCAUGAGAUAGUCCUUACUUAUAUGUAAUAUAACUUAUUUAAUUGACUUAAUCCAAAAUUGGUACGAGAAACCUCAUAUUCGUUUUGAGCUAAGUCGUGGACGGACAAACGGACAGACAGGCAGACGAUGAAAAUUUUUGUUGUCAAUCAUGGCGUUCAAUUUCUUGUAUUUGUAUUUUAUAUGAAAACUAUUUAUGUAUUUACUGGUAUCAAGUAAGUUGGGUGGGGGCUCGAUAUUUUAUUUAGAACUUGGUUUGGAGCGUAUAAUUCUGAAAUGUCUUAUUUACAUGUGACAUGAAAAUUGCUUUAUGAAGAUAAUAACGAUUUGAUUUUUUCCUUCUGUUUAAUCCUAUCUGGAAUGGAGUAUACUUACUGGGUUGUCUUCAAAAGUUUUUCGAUCCCUGACUUAUGUGAUUGUGGUGUAAGGAAUGGUAAUGAAAUGAUUAUAUGAAAAAUAUCUCUUGAUCAAUUUGUUGUACCUAAUGAGUAAAAUUAGGCCCACCUUUAGUGCUUAUUAUUAUAAGUAAUUAGAAUAUGUAGUAAUAAAAUCUGUAUUUAGAAAAUACAGUUAAUGUUGUUAAUGUUUGAGAGAUAGUUUUAAUACAUAUUUUUUGUGGAAAGUAUGUACUUAAUGAUAUUACACAUGGCACAGAUGCACUGUUUUAUAAUAAGGAACAGAACCUUAGAGUCAAUAAAACAUUCAAUUAAAUAGGUA